AUGGAUAACGAGUGGAAGAACGCAAAGUCGAAAUUAGGAAACCUUUUCACUGACAACAAGACGCGUGGUACAAUCAAAGGUCAACUUCUAAGGAUGGAUAUGAAGAACCGACUUGAAUAUUUCGAAGGAAAUGAUGAAGUAAUUAAGGCUUCCCUUAAUACACUUCUGUUAGAUGAACAUCAAGCAAAUCCACCGAGUCAAAUGAAUUUGACAAGAAGCAAAAAUUGGAGCCAGAAGGACCAACUUACUGAAAUGCAACGAGACCAACAAAAAAUUAGUUUUAUUGAACACAAUGAAGGCCUUGCAAAAUCAGUUUGCGGUGUAAAGAGAUUUCUUAUCACCGGAUCUAACAAUAACCUGUGGACCUAUCGUGAUUUCUCAUUUUUACUCAAUUCAACCACAACUUGGUACCUUGCAGAUGGUAUCACAUCCCCAAAAUUAGUGCACGCAAUAACGGUUGUCCCCUUAUCACCAAAUGGAAUUGCAACAAAAGACUUUCAAGAAUAUGAGAAGCGUCAUCCAAUUGAAUAUUUUAUGGCAGGUGGAAUACCUAGAUACGUUCUCCAGAAUGCUGAGGUAUCAAUUAGAAAUCUUGUUGGAAAUAAUAUUUUAAAAGAAGGAAGACCGGACGCUGAAGAAAAGGAAAAAAUUGAGAAACAGGCUUGUAAACAGAAAAUUCAGAAAAAACUAGAGGAGACGUCAUGGGUCGAUUGCUUACAUAAAAUACGACAUAUGCGGGAUCCUUAUUUGGCAAGUGCUAGAGGAUUUUUGUUUGAGUGUUAUGUUAUACACCUAUUUCGUGAAGGCGGAGAUCAAUUUUUCAUUCAUGGAGAGCCAAAAGUUGGGCAUAUAAACAUUGUAUCUGACCUCUUAAAGUAUCCUGAAGAAAAUACAGUAAUCGUGCCAGAUAAGCAAAAUUUCGGUGCAGCGGACCUAUUUGUAACGCCUCGUAGUAUUUUACAAGUCACGGUGUCUGAAAAUCACCCUAUAAAACAGGCUGAGCUGGUCAAAAUAAUUAAUGAGAUGCCGAUCUAUAUAAAUGAUAAAAAUACAAAGCUCCAACUUUACUUUGCAGUACCAGAUGAAAUAUACGACAAAUUCAAACACCAGCAAUACACGACUCGAGAUAAAGAUUCUCAAAAAGACCUCCCAGUCAAGACAAAGAAUUCUACCCUUCGUAAUGUUGAGCAAUGGGCUAAAAGUCCAAAUUAA